UGUGCUUGCAGAAAUAUAUUAACCAUUUAAGCAACCAUGCUGGCCGCAAGGCUAGUAUGCCUGAGGACGUUAUCAUGCCAGACUAUCCGGCCUGCCAUCGUUCAGACUUCUCCAGCUUUGAGGACCACCAAUAUAAAGGCAUACAAGCUGUGGCAGCCUAGCCAGUGUUACGCCACAAGAGUAAGAACGGGAAUAAGACGUGGAAAAAUUGGCCAAGAGAUCAAAGAAGCAGCAUUUGAGCCAUCUGCAGAAACUGCAAUCAAAGCUGAUCGCCUGGGAAGACUAGUUGUUGCUGGAGGGGCUGCUGUUGGCCUGGGAGCUCUGUGUUACUAUGGAAUGGGCAUGUCCAGUGAGAUUGGAGCUAUUGAAAAAGCUGUCAUUUGGCCACAGUAUGUGAAGGACAGAAUUCGCUCGACCUACAUGUACUUUGCGGGAAGCAUUGGCUUGACUGCACUGUCUGCUGUAGCAGUGAGCAGGUCUCCGGCGCUCAUGAGCCUUAUGACAAGGGGCUCGUGGCUGGCAAUAGGUGCAACUUUUGCAGCUAUGAUUGGUGCUGGAAUGUUGGUCAGGUCUAUAUCCUAUUCAGAUAGUCCAGCAGCUAAGCAUCUUGCCUGGAUGAUGCAUUCAGGUGUGAUGGGUGCAGUGGUGGCUCCUCUAACUUUCUUGGGAGGUCCCCUGCUGGUGAGAGCUGCCUGGUACACAGCUGGCAUCGUUGGAGGGCUCUCCACUGUGGCCAUGUGUGCGCCGAGCGAAAAAUUCCUGAAUAUGGGAGGACCCCUUGGAAUAGGCUUAGGCUUUGUUCUUGCUUCCUCAAUUGGCUCCAUGUUCUUGCCUCCUACAUCUGCUUUUGGUGCUGGUUUGUAUUCCGUAGCCGUUUAUGGUGGGCUGGUGCUCUUUGGGAUGUUCCUGCUCUAUGAUACCCAGCAUGUUAUCAAGCGUGCAGAGACCCUGCCCUACUACGGAGUAGUUAAAUAUGAUCCGAUCAAUGCGUGUCUGGGCAUCUACACGGAUACACUGAACAUCUUCAUUCGGGUGGCCACCAUGCUUGCCACUGGUGGGAGUGGCAGGAGGAAGUAAACCAAGGCUCCUCUGCAACUGUCUGGUGGAUCAAACUUCUUGGUUGUCUGCCUAGUGCAUAUGCUCAAUAAAAACUUGUGAC